AACAAAUGGCACAUCGCAUUGUACGGGCAGUUGUGCUAGUGCAGUGCUGUACCAAAUUUUCAAUUAUUCUUACGUCCGGCCAUUACAUGAACAUCAUUACAUAAUUCUUCCGCCAUACUGUUUGUUCUUUAGCAAUCUAGGUCUUUUGAAAACAAUUUCAAUUUGUAUUCUUCCUUGAACAGCAUCGGCCAUCGUUUUUUCACGUCGAGUACAUCGCCUAUCUGCAAUACUGUACUGUUGUAGUUGAAAUUAACGGUAAGUUAUAGGUGAAGUCGUUUUUGAGUAUCCAUACUCCGUCAACGAUGAUGCGUCGAAAGCUAAGUUUCGUUGGUAGCGACCUUUGCAAGCCAGUUGCGCUUACUGAGUGCUUCGUCGAGUCUGACAUACAACGACAAAUACGAGACAGAUUUGACGAAGAAUGCCCUUACGCAUUGACCAGAAAGUCAGCAGUGGUCAGAAGUCCGAGAAGGAAGACUACUAAUUGUAACUCACAAGUGUGGCAAGUGGCCAUCAACACAGUUGCCAAAAAACGCGAGACACUCAGACGCGGCGUCAGCACUGUGUUUAAGUCCAUGAACAAGCUUAGGACCGGCUUUAAAAUGGCAACUCAGAAAUUACGGCCGCCUACUAGGCGUCGUUUCAAAUUGGACGAGUCACCCUUGACUCCCAAUACACCUAAGACCAGGUCUAAAUGUCUCCUGGGCAGAACGCCAACUAAACUGUACAGUCCUUUUGCUAUUGAUACACCACCUUCUAUGCGCAGACGAUUUGCUUAUCGGAGAAAUCGUGAUAUUGACAGUGAAAGUAAUAAAUCAGUCAAUGGAAAAAGUGAAUCUAACAGUUAUGAAUCAAAUAAAGAAAAUAAUCAACUAAAAAUUAAUCCAAUUAUAGAAGUUGAAAAUUAUGGUAGCUUAAUAUAAGUAUUAAAAAGUAACUGCACUCUAUAUUAUUAUUUUUUAAAAAAAAUAUAGAUAUAAGAGAUAUUUAUACAAAAGGUAUACAAGCUAUAUUGUUUUUACAU